AUGCACUGCAGCAGGGUGAGUGACAGCAGCUGCAUUGACAAGCACAAAGCCGGGAUGGGAGCGCUCAGCUGGCCUCACUCCCCACUUGACUCAGGCCUGACCUCUGGCAUGUGCCUUGUGCUCCCUGCAGGCCUCGCCCUCCUCCUGCAGGCCGCUGUCUGCAACCCUAUCGCGCACCACACACACCGCUCCCAGGCACACACGCUGCGAGGGAGCAUCUCUGGCACUGAUGCCCCACGCCUCCACCAUACCCAACAUAAACAGAUUAGCGUCUGCGUGAAGACAUGCCAUGAGAUGCCAGUGCAGUACGUGCCAGCCCCCUGCAAAGCUCUGCAGAGGGCUCUUGUGUAUAGGACUGAUGCUGGGGCCACUGUUCUCAUCAACACCUCUGAGGAGACGCUUCCACCCGGCCCUCUCUGGCGCUUAACGGAGGUGAAGCUCAUUAGGGUGCUCGCUGUUUUCAUCCUCAGAGAGUCCAGUGGAGAGGGAUGGCACAUGAACCACGAGUCUGAGCGGACUGGCUUCGUUUUGCACAGAAAGAAUCCGUUUUGGAACCACUCAGGAUUGUCCACGCCGUGCGCACUCUCGCCUCUCCGCCUCAACAUGGACCUCGGGCCCAGCAUCAUGCUGCAUUGUGCCAGCUGCGAGAAGCCCAUUGCGGACAAAUUUCUUCUGAAAGUUUUGGACAGACCGUGGCACGUCAAGAGAUUUGGGACAAAAUGCGGAGGCUGCGCGCAGGGCAUCCUGCCCAGUGACCUGGUGCGCAGAGCCAAGAGUAAAGUGUUCCACCUGAACUGCUUCACCUGUGUCAUGUGCAACAGACAGCUGUCCACGGGAGAGGAGCUCUACGUCCUGGACGAGCUCAAGUUUGUGUGCAAAGAGGACUACGUGAACAGCAACAGCAAAGACACUAUCCUGCUCUCGGUGACGACGUGCAGCGACCCGAGUUUAUCUCCAGACUCGCAGGACCCGCAGGAGGACGGGAAGGACUCCGAGGCAGGACACUUAUCAGAUAAGGACGUGUGCAACAACGAGAACGAAGAGCAGAGCGCCUCGGGGAAAAGACGCGGGCCUCGCACGACCAUCAAAGCCAAGCAGCUGGAGACGCUGAAGGCGGCGUUCUCCGCCACCCCGAAGCCCACCAGGCACAUCCGAGAGCAGCUGUCCCGAGAGACGGGUCUCAACAUGAGGGUCAUCCAGGUGUGGUUCCAGAACCGACGGUCGAAGGAGCGGCGUAUGAAGCAGCUGAGCUCCCUGAGCGGCCGGAGACACGUCUUCUUCAGGGGGACACGGAGGAUGAGGGCUCUGGGGGAGCGGCUGGAGCCCGGAGAGCUCGGACACUUCUCCUAUUAUGGAGAUUAUCCUGCUGAAUACUACAGCGCAGGAGGAAACUAUGAAUACUUCCAAGGACCUCCACCCACACAGGCUCAGACUCCGUCAGAUUUGGGGUUUGUUCCCUCCUCUGUGCCGGCAGGGACACCUUUAGGUGCAAUGGAGCACCCCCAUCACACCUCACACUGCCCCCCGGACGUGCAGUGUUACUCGGACCGUCUCCCCUCAGACUCCCCCAGCCCUGAGCCCAGUGGACCAGGAUCCAUGCACAGCAUGUCCAGUGACAUGUGUGGACCCAGCACUCCUUACACCUCCAUGUCCCUGGACAACGGCUACACAAACCAGCUCUCGCAGCCAUCGUCAGACAUGAGCGAAGGGACUGUGUGGUAA